GGCCUCAGCUCCCGCUUCCCCUCGCCCGCCGCGGCCAGUUGCAGGGCGCGGAUCCCGCUCGGAGAAGGCGGAGCGGCAGCUCCUCCCUCAGCUAGGAGCCAACGGGGGCUGGUCGGACAGGCAACCUCGUCGGGAAACUCCAGUCCGCCGCCGUUGCCGCCGCCGCCGCCGCCACUUAGCCCAGAGGAGACGCGAGCGAGGCCACAAAGGCUUCUUUGUGCACCGGCGGCCGCGGCCCCCUCGUCCCUCGUUUUUGGCCGGCGCCAGCAUGGGCGCAGCCAGCGCCGCCUUCUUAGUCCUGCUGGCAGCGUCCGGGCUUCUUCCUCUGAUCGCGGCAGGUGAAGUACAGUUCCCAGAUUCUGAUGAUUCUUUGGGCCAAAUGGAUGGACAUGUUAGACCCGUUCCAACACACAAAGGCUACUUUUUGACCUUUUUGGAACCAGUAAACAAUAUCACCAUUGUCCAGGGCCAGACAGCAAUUCUACACUGCAAAGUAGCAGGAAAUCCAUCACCCAAUGUUAGAUGGUUAAAAAAUGAUGCACCAGUGGUUCAAGAGCCAAGAAGAAUCAUUAUAAGAAAAACAGACUAUGGCUCACGAUUACGGAUCCAAGAUCUUGACACAACUGAUACCGGUUAUUAUCAGUGUGUAGCCACAAAUGGGAUGAAGACAAUAACUGCAACAGGAGUUCUUUUUGUAAGACUAGGUCCAACACACAGUCCAAAUCAUAAUUUUCAAGAAGAUUACCAUGAAGAUGGGUUUUGCCAGCCUUACAGGGGAAUUGCCUGUGCACGAAUCAUUGGGAACAGGACUAUUUAUGUGGACUCCCUUCAAAUGCAAGGGGAAAUUGAAAACCGAAUUACUGCUGCAUUUACUAUGAUUGGCACAUCCACUCAUUUAUCUGAUCAGUGUUCCCAGUUUGCCAUCCCAUCUUUUUGUCACUUUGUGUUUCCACUGUGUGAUGAGCGUUCCCGGACACCUAAGCCUAGAGAGCUGUGUCGUGAUGAGUGUGAAGUUCUAGAGAACGAUCUCUGUCGGCAGGAGUACAACAUUGCUAGAUCCAAUCCUCUCAUUCUGAUGCAACUCCAGCCACCUAAAUGUGAAGACUUGCCACUGCCCGAUUCUUUGGAGGCUGCCAACUGUAUAAAAAUUGGAAUUCCUGUAGAACGGCUCAAUAGAUAUCACCAGUGUUACAAUGGCUCUGGUGCUGAUUAUAGAGGAACUGUCAGUGUCACAAAGUCAGGCCACAAUUGUCAGUAUUGGGAGUCCCAGCAUCCUCAUCCCCAUGACUUCACAAGUACAGAGUUUCCCGAGCUUGGAGGUGGGCAUGCUUAUUGCCGCAAUCCUGGAAGCCAGAUGGAAGGACCUUGGUGUUUUACUCAGAACAAAAACGUACGCAUGGAACUGUGUGAAGUACCUGCAUGUAGCCCACGUGACAGCAGCAAAAUGGGAAUCCUCUACAUUCUGGUUCCAAGCAUAGCCAUCCCUUUAGUUAUUGCCUGCCUUUUCUUCUUGGUCUGCAUGUGCAGAAACAAGCAGAAGGCCUCUGCCACCACUCCACAGCGUCGUCAGCUGAUGGCCUCUCCCAGCCAAGAUAUGGAAAUGCCUCUCAUUAAUCAGCACAAACAGAAUAAACUAAAAGAAAUCAGCCUUUCGACUGUGAGGUUCAUGGAGGAGCUGGGUGAAGAGAAGUUUGGAAAAGUUUAUAAGGGUCACCUAUUUGGCACGGCUCCAGGGGAGCAAACACAAACCGUUGCCAUCAAAACCCUCAAGGAUAAAGCAGAUAUAACUCUCCGAGAAGAAUUUAAGCAUGAGGCAAUGAUGAGAUCAAGAUUACAGCAUCCCAAUAUAGUUUGUUUACUGGGAAUAGUGACCAAAGAACAGCCGAUCAGCAUGAUUUUUAGUUAUUGUGCUCAUAGCGAUCUUCAUGAGUUCCUUGUGAUGAGAUCUCCCCACUCUGAUGUUGGUAGCACCGAUGAUGAAAAGACAGUGAAAUCAACAUUGGAGCCAGCUGAUUUUUUUCACAUUGUAACUCAGAUAGCAUCAGGAAUUGAAUACCUCUCAAGCCACCAUGUGGUCCACAAAGAUUUGGCCACCAGAAACGUGCUUGUGUUCGAUAAACUCAGUGUGAAAAUAUCUGACUUAGGUCUUUUCAGGGAAGUUUAUUCUGCUGAUUAUUAUAAACUAAUGGGAAAUAAUCCUCUUCCUAUUCGAUGGAUGUCCCCUGAAGCAAUCAUGUAUGGCAAAUUUUCAGUUGAUUCAGAUAUCUGGUCUUACGGCGUUGUGCUGUGGGAGAUUUUCAGCUAUGGCUUGCAGCCUUACUGUGGCUAUUCCAAUCAAGAUGUCAUUGAGAUGAUUAGAAAUAGGCAGGUUUUGCCAUGUCCAGAUGACUGUCCUGCAUGGAUGUACUCACUGAUGUUAGAAUGUUGGAAUGAAUUUCCCAAUAGAAGACCAAGAUUCAAAGAUAUCCACAACAGAUUGAGAACAUGGGGAAACCUGUCGAAUUACAACAGUUCUGCACAAACCUCCGGUGCAAGCAAUACUACACAAACCAGUUCCCUCAGUACAAGUCCUGUUAGUAAUGUCAGCAACACCAGGUAUGUUGGGCCAAAGCAAAAAAGUCAAGCGUUCUCUCAACCACAGUUCAUACCAAUGAAAGGACAAAUAAGACCAAUGGUGCCACCUCCUCAACUUUACAUUCCUGUCAAUGGUUACCAACCAAUGCCAGGUUAUGGAGCAUAUUUGCCAAAUUUUUAUCCUGUCCAAAUCCCAAUGCAGAUGGCUCCUCAACAGAUAGCUCCUCAGAUGAUUCCAAAACCAGCUUCCCAUCAUAGUGGGAGUGGUUCCACUAGUACAGGAUAUGUAACAACUGCUCCCUCCAAUGCUUCCAUGGCUGACCGGGCUGCUCUCCUGACCGAAGGAGUAGAAGAGGUACAUAAUGGGACAGAAGACAUUGCUCAGAAUCUGGUCCAAGAAGAGGAGGAUGAAGAGGGCUCUGUGCCUGAAACAGAAUUAUUGGGUGAUAAUGACACUCUUCAGAUGGAUGACACCGAAUUUCAGUCAGAACCCUAAGGACGUUGCCUUAGCACAGUGACAAUGCAGGACUUCUUUUUAGUUUGCUGAAGACUGUAGUUCUUCUGAUUUAUACAACCAGUGUUUUACUUCAGACUCCUAUCUACAACUGCUAACCCAAGAUCUACAUAAAGGCAGCAGUAUUGAAUACACCGUUUUGAUGGAUUAUUUUUCCAGAAAAAAUUUGCAAACAUGAUGUAGAAUAGUUAUUUUAAAAUCUAGGGUUGAUUACAGCUCUUGCAGGGAGGCUGCUUUUAUAAAAUACUGUUGCUGUGCAACAUAUAGUAGAAAUGCAUUGCACCUCAUGUAUAUCUUGAACUCUGAUUGUAUUUUUAAUGAAUUCUGGUUAAAUUGAUAACCAAGCAAAGUAGCUGACAUGGAAUUGAUUGAAGAGAUGGCCAAAAUGCUUCUUUAAAAAAAAAAAACACAACAUGUUUAUCUUGCUGAUGCAUUAAACUUUCAAAGGAAUUAUUCAGAAAUGGGUAAUGUACAGGUAAAAGCAGAAUGGCAAACAGUUUUUCUCAGUGACCAAUCCUUUCAUAAUUAUUUUUUAUAAUUAAAUGGAAGUUUGACCUGAUUUAGCAGGAAGCAUAUUUUGGUCCCCAAAGAAAUGACAGACAUAAGCUAUGUUGGAAGUUAGGAGAUUCCAUGGGUUGAUUAUAAGAUGGGCCGCUAUAUAAAUGUUUUAAAUAAAUAAAUAAAAAUAAAAUGUUACAACUUUAGUAACAUUCAAAGUAAACUUUAGUAAUGUUCAAAGUAAAAUUUAGUAAGGAAUAGAUCACCACAUUUCCCUGGUCACCACAGCUUUCACUCAAUUUUCUUUUAAGACAGUGCUAGAGAUCAGAGUGAUCAAUCAGAAUUGUCAAUUUAUUUUAUUUUAGGUACUAGACAUAUGCACAUACAUUCUUCAUUUUUUUAAAAAAUAGUGAUUGUAGAUUCUUAACCAAAAUAAGUGACUUUGUACAGAAUGUAUUUUUUUUCUGAUCAAUGCCUUAUUGUGAGAUGAAUCAUGUACAGAUUUUGAAAUGUAAUUUAUGUUUUCGUACAAUUUUAUGUGUUUUUUUCUAAUUGCAAUAUUUUGGAAUUUUAAAUGCUUAUAUAAUUAUGAUUAAUAGUAUUUUAUUGGGAUUGAAAUUUUGUACACUUUGGUAUGCUGAUAAAACUGGUCCACACAUUUCACAGAAA